UUUGAGAGAGAGGAGGAUCACAGACUGACAGACACAGAAAUAAUAAAAGUGGACACUACAUUUUGCAAAGUCAUUGGACCCUGAGCUCACUUGCAGUGCAAAGGAAACCAUGCAGGAUGAAGAUGGAUACAUCACCUUAAAUAUUAAAACUCGCAAGCCAGCUCUCACCUCAGUUGACCCUGCUUCCUCGUCAUUGUGGCGGGUAAUGGCUUUGAUUCUGCUGGUCUUGUGCAUUGGGCUGGUUGUUGGACUCGUGGCUCUGGGGAUUAUGUCUGUCACACAGCAAAACUAUCUACAAAUUGAGAAUAAAAAUCUCUCAGGAAUUCUGCAACAAUUAUUAGCAAACCAAUUCUGCCAAGAUUUAAUGAAACCAUCAGAACAGAAGGACAGUUUCAGCCAUAAGGACAGCCCAUGUGACAAAAACUGGAGAUAUUAUGAAGGUAAUUGCUAUGGAUUCUUCAGGCACAACCUGACUUGGGAAGAGAGUAAGCAGUACUGUACCAACAUGAAUGCCACUCUGCUUAAGAUUGCCAGCCAGAACAUUCUGGAAUAUAUCAAAUCCAGGACUGGAUUAAUUCGUUGGGUAGGACUGUCCCGUCAGAACCCCAAUAAAGUCUGGAAGUGGGAAGAUGGCUCAGUUCCCUCCAAAAAUAUGUUUGAGCUUUCUGAAAAUGCAAGAGAAAAUAUGAAUUGUGCUUAUUUUCAUAAUGGGAAAAUUCACCCUAGCUUCUGCAUGAGCAAACAUUAUUUAAUGUGUGAGAAAAAGGCAGGCAUGGCAAAGGUGGCCAAACUAUUUUAAUGCAAAGAGAUGGGGAGGUUGUCACAGACAAAUGCUUGAUUGUAUAAUAAAAAAACUGGAUGAAAGAA